AGAUGGAACGGAGCUGUGAGGGCUCUGGAGCACACGCCUGAUGGGAGCGGCUGGGGGAGCUGGGAUGCGUCAGAGUGGAGCAGAGGAGGCUCAGGGGAAACCUCACUGCUCCCUGCAGCUGCCUGAAAGGAGGAUGGGGGUCGGCCUCUGCUCCCAGCCCCCCGAGGCCGCUCCCCCAACCCAUCCUCAGACCUCACACUGUGGCCACACACCCUGCUCCCAUGGGCAGCCAGGGAUGUACGUGUGUCAGGAGAUGCAGAACCUGCCCAGGGCUGGGGAGCUGCUCAGCACCACGGUGUCACCUGCGCCAGCAUGGAACAGGACACGUCCUGGCGAUGGCAGAGGAACAUGGCCUUGUGCAGGCAGAAGAUAUAGAGCACUCUCUAACCAGGAGGCCCUUGGUGUCACCCCUCCCCCGGCACCCGAUGACCUCCCCGGGGUGCUUGCUGCGAUCUCCGUGGUUUUUGCUCCAAGGUCAUUCGCUGACCAGUCCCACCACUCGGUCCGUCCCCCCGACGCACUUCCCGGCUCCCCCCGCAGCCGCACUUGGUCUCGCCCUCUGCCUAACGGAGCGCGACAGCGGCCGGGCGACGACAGCCAAUCAGAAGCUGGGGGGCGUGCCCUCCACCUGCCGCUAACCAAUGGGACGGCGGUAGGCGGGCCCGGGGCGGGGCGUUAA